GUCAUUAAUUGCUCUUCAUACUUUUCUCGUUUGCUUUCAUUCAAUUUUGCGACUCUUCGUUCUUAUCGAAACCUGUCUGAUCUUUUUCUGUAAUGGCUGAAUCAAACCCCAACGCUCAACAACCAGAGAUGGCUAAGGUUCAAAGUGAGGAAGAGAAAUUGAAGUAUUUGGAAUUUUUGCAAGUGGCGAUGAUUCAUGCGGCGCUCUAUGUUGCAAAGGUGUAUGGUUACGCUAAGGAGAAUUCUGGUCCGUUGAAGCCUGGUGUUCAGUCUGUUGAAGGCACCGUCAAGACUGUGGUUGGCCCUGUUUAUGAUAAAUUUCAUGAUGUUCCUGUUGAGGUGCUAAAGUUUGUUGAUCGCAAGGUUGAUCAGUCUGUUCGUAAGAUUGAGACUCGUGUUCCUCCUAUGGUCAAGCAAGCUCCUGCAGCUGCUCGCUCUGUUGCAGCUGAUGUCAAGAGUGCUGGUGUGAUGGGAGCUGCAUCAGGACUUGCUAAGACGGUCUAUGCUAAGUAUGAGCCCACAGCCAAGGGACUUUACACCAAGUACGAGCCAAUUGCCGAGCAAUAUGCUGCGUCAGCUUGGCUUUCUCUCAACAAAAUUCCCAUGGUUCCUAAAGUGACUCAAGCAGUUGCUCCAACAGCUGCUUACUAUUCUGAGAAAUACAAUGUGAUGGUUCAGCAAACAGCAGAUAAGGGUUACAAGGUUGCUUCGUUUCUUCCAUUUGUGCCUACUGAGAAGAUUGCUAAGGUGUUCGGUACUCAGCCUGUGGCUUCCAACUAGAAAGGACCUACUGCUUUGCUUUAUGGCUCCUACGCAACUAGUAGUUUAGUUCCUUUUGAGGGGCUCCAUGUGAUCUGGAGUGCCUUGGAACGGUUAUUAUUUGCUUAUUGUGUUGUGGAUUGUUUGUUCUGUGAAGUGUGAAGUAAAUCAUGUGUUUGUCUAUUCGGUUUUCAUUUUUGAAAAAUUGUGAUUAAUUUCU